UUCAAUAAUAUAGUUAUUUGGUUUGGUUAUAAAUGAUUAAAUCGUAAAAUAGUGAUAUUUAUAUAAUACAAUUAUUAAAAACGACAAGAUAUUUUAAAAAUAUUCAAUUAUUAUUUUCUUGGAGAGUUGAUGUGAAGCACUUGGGAGUGAUGGGAGGGCGUACCCGCCCAUUUCCCGUUCGGUUAUGCGGCAUUCCUGGGUUCGAAGGAAGAACUAACGAUAUCGUGUAUUGCGGACCGAUUCGAAGGACCGACCAUUCCAGUUUAGUUAUUUUCUUCGGAGGAGAUAUCCAGGAUUUUACUGAGAACAUGCAAAGUCAUCGCGAUAACAAAAAUUAUAUAAAAUGGAAUUUGGAAAAUACCGCUCAACUUUUGCAAUCAAAAUUUAAGGAGAAUCACAUAAUGGUUGUACGACCCUCAAGGCUGGAGUAUAAAACGUUUAGCUGUUAUGAAAAUUUCGUCCCGUGUAUUAAUUGCGGAGCACCGGAACACACUCCCAUGCACAACGGGUUGAUACAUCUGGAAAAAUUAAUAUGCAACUUAUCUGAAAAGUUAAAUUCUAUGACUGAAUGCGAUUUUCAAGCCGCUAUGGAAGUUUCAAAAAGAGCAAUUGUACAGGAUGAUGACGUUUCAGUGAAAGACGAUCUGGUCAAUGGAGAAUCCAGUGAAGAUAGCUUGACAGAGCCAACUACCGAUUUGGAAAAUUCGAACAUCAUUCUAAUAGGGUUUAGUAAGGGAUGCGUCGUGUUAAAUCAAUUCUUGUACGAGUUUCAUUAUUUCAAAACGCUUAAAUCAGAUGACAGCAGUCUCUUGAGGGUUAUUUCAAAGGUCACGGAUAUGUUCUGGUUAGAUGGCGGGCACUCGGGUGGAAAAAAUACCUGGAUUACUUCGCGACCUCUCUUGGAAACGUUGACAGGAUUAGGUAUUAAAAUUCAUAUUCAUGUCACUCCAUAUCAAAUCCAAGACGAUCGUCGUCCUUGGAUAAAAAAGGAGGAAAAAGCCUUUAGCGAUACUCUUCGUAGACAAGGCACCGCUAUAGACCGUACCGUACAUUUUGAAAAUGUACCCGCAAGUUUGCUGCAACACUUUGACGUUAUAAAAAUUUUCAAUUAAACUUGGUCUUUCCCAGUCUGUCAGUAAUGAUCUCAGUCCUUGAAGGUAUUAUUAACUUAUUUGUUUUACUUGUAGGUCUGGUUGAAUAAACUCUUUUAAUUUAAA